GGGGGUGGGGCUUCCGUGAACCAUGGCGGCCUGCAGGGCUCAGGCUUCUUGCUCCAAGGAAGCCUGGCUUGAGGCCGCCCAUACCUUCAUCCAAGAGACUCUUUGUCCAGCUGGCCAGGAGCCUAAUAUCCAGUUGACUAAGUUGGUAAUUGAUUGUGUGAAGACAACCUGGUUGUCCCAGGGGAACACUGGGUCUAUACAGCUCCUCCUCAGCUUCAGCUUCGUCUCAGUACAGAACCUCAGGACCCACCAGCAACUCCCAUGCUGCAGCCACCUGUCCCCUAGCAGUAGUGCACAUGAAGAUGCUGGGCGUAAUUGGAAAUCACUACACCGGGAGCACCUGUUACUUUUAGGGACACUGACAGACUUGCCAGGGGACUUGGAAACCAAAUGCAGGGAUGGAAGCCUCUACGUGAGAGAUAACACUGGAGUCCUGGGCUGUGAGCUCAUAGAUCUAGACCUUUCUUGGUUGGGGCAUCUCUUCCUGUUCCCCAGUUGGAGUUACUUCCCUCCUGCCAAGUGGAAUUCCUCAGGGAGAGGGCACUUGGAGCUCUGGGAUACCCCCGUGCCCGUGUUCCCGUUGGCUAUCACUCCUGGCCCUCUCACACCUAUCCCUGUCCUGUAUCCAGAGAUGGCUUCCUGCCUGCUCAGACACAGAAGCAAGUUCAAAAUUGUGAAGCCAAAUCUGGCUGGGAAACUGGUUCGAUUGAGUGCUCUGGUGAGAAGUGAAAAGACAGCAUACUUCGUCCUGUCUCUUGGAGAAACAUCCCCUGCCACCAGCCAAACUGUCAGCCAGGUGUCCAUCAUUGUACAGAUCCCUGCACAGCUGGUGUGGCACCAUGUCCUUCGGCCCGAUAAGGCCUAUGUGCUGACAGGACUUCGAAUAUCCAAGAUCCGUGGUCACUCUUACUAUAUUUGGACAACCAGUCCUUCCUCUCAUCUCAUGCUGCUGAAACCAGAAUCUGUACAGACGGUGGAGCUGGAAAGACCCUUUUUGGAGGCUGAACUCAAUCCAUGCCCCAUGCCCAGCAAGUCCCCAGACAAGAAGGAACAUAAAGGUCUUGUUCGGAAAUCCAAACUCUUACAUUAUGUGGGAACAGUCACUGGUGUGUUGAAUGAAGCAGCUGGUCUCUAUGAGCUGGAUGGGCAGUUGGUCCUCUGCCUUGCAUACCAGCAGUUCCACGGCCUCCAGAGGGUGAUACGACCAGGGGUCCAUCUGGAGCUCAAGGAUGUUCACCUUCUUCAGUCAGUGGGUGGAGGCACAACCAGGCCGGUGCUAGCUCCCUGCUUCCGUGGUGCUGUUCUGCUCCGAGGCUUUUCCCAUCAGAAGCUUGGGUUUCAGACAUCUCUCCAAGUUUUUGGGUCCUCCUUGUAUGCACACCUGGUGUGGGAAAACCAGUUAGGACUUCCCCUUUAUCUGUGGACUACCAAGGCAGUGGAGGAACUGGCCUUCAAGCUGUGUCCCUUUACGCUGAGGUACCACCAGUUCCUGAAACACUCUCCUGGGAACCCCAGCCUGGGACUACAGCUCCUGGCUCCCACCCUUGCUCUUGCUCAGCCAAGUACCUGCGUUCGUAAUGCACACAGCGAAAUUCUUGAAGAGCCACAUGACUGUCCCCUCCAGGAAUAUGCUCGGCUGAAGACUCCCUGCUCUUUCCCCACUCUGGCUACCCUCAAAGAAGAAGGUCAGCUCAGAGCUUGGGCCUCCUUUGACCCAAAGGCACUUGUGCCUCUGCUCAAUGCUGCCUAUCUGCCCAGCUUUGAACUCAACCGCUGCCUGGCCUGGUCUUGGCUCUGUCUGCUCCCUUGUACCUUUGACCCAGCCCAGGUUUUACUUGGGGUUCUGGAGGCUUCAUCUCGUAAAGGUUGUCUGCAGCUUCGGGACCAAAGUGGUUCCCUGCCCUGCCUGCUCCUGGCAAAGCGUUCACAACCAGUCACUGACCCGCAGCUCAUAGGCUGUCUGGUGCGGGCAGAGAGGUUCCAGCUGAUCAUAGAGAGGCAUGUCACAAGCAACUUCCCUUCCUGGAAGGAACUGGACAUGGCAGGCUUCAUCCAGAAUCGGCAGGCCAGAGUCUACAUCCAGCUCUUUCUGGCUGAUGCCCUGAUCCUGCCUGUGCCCAGACCCACCCUUCAUUCAGCUACUCUCACAGCACCUCCUCAGACAGAGUCCCCUCACCCAGAAGGACCCCACAUAAGGCAGAGCCGCCUGUUCCUGCUGUCCCACAAGGAAGCCCUCAUGAUGCGGAAUUCUUAUGUCCCCCAAGGAACCAGUUCAGAGAUUCCCCAGCCCACUCUUAGUUUCCAUGUGUCAGGAACCUGGCUGACAGGCACACAGAGGGAGGAGGGGAAUCAAUGGGGCCCUCCUGAGGCUCUGAGAGAUGAGAACAAGGAUCAGAAGAUUCUUCUCAUCUUCCUUGGCUCUUCAGUCUACUGGUUUGAAUUCUUACACCCGGGGCAAGUGUACCGACUUGUGGCUCCUAGUGCCUUUACAACAGCAUUUGAAGCAGAGGGCUCAUCCUGCGUGUCUCAGCAUCCUCUGGAGUUGGCUGGUUGUGUGUCCUGCCUCACUGUACAAGAUGAGUGGACUCUGGAGCUUGAGAGCUCCCGAAAUACGUUGCUGCCUCAGUCCUCGCUGACCCAACUGCUCAGUGACAAUUUCAUCAAUAUCUUGGUUUCUUUCUCAGCUGAGAUUUUGUCACGGACAGUCUGUGAGUCACCUCUGGCUUGCCGAAGAAAGUGUGGGAACACAAAGGCCAUGAGAAGGUGUGUGAAGUUAACUGUAGCUUUACAGAUUGCUGACUGUGAAUUUCCCCCAUACCUGGACAUAUAUAUUGAAGACCCACACUUGCCUCCCCCACUAGGACUCCUUCCAGGAGCCCAAGUCUACUUUAGCCAGCUGGAGAAAAGGGUUUCCAGAUCCAACAAUGUUUACUGUUGCUUCCGAUCCUCCACCUAUGUUCAGGUCCUGGGUUUUCCAUCAGAAACAACAAUCAGUGCUCCCCUACCCCACAUCUACCUGGCUGAACUUCUACGGGGUGGCCAAACCCCAUUCCAGGCCAGUGCUUCUUGCCAUGUGGUUUGUAUCAUCAGCCUUCAGCUCCUGUGGGUUUGUGCUCAUUGUACCAGUAUCUGCCCCCAGGGGAAGUGCAGUAGGCAAGGCCAUGCCUGUCCCACUCAGGCAUCUGUCAGUCAGGCCAGCCUCAGGCUCCUGGUAGAGGACGGGACUGCUGAAGCCAUGGUGACCUGCAAGAAUCAUCACGUGGCAGCAGCCCUAAGGCUGGGUCCUAGUGAGUGGACCUCCCUCCUAGAGUCUGUCAGAGAGCCAGGGAGCGUGGCUUUGCAAUUUCGGGAACUAGGAGCACAGCUGGAGUCUUCAGCCUCCAUCCAGGAGCCCUUGACCCUCUUCCUCUGGACACUUUGCACCAGCCCCUCCGUCCUCCGCUCCAUUGUGCUUUCAUUUGAGCUUGAGAAGAAAUCCUCUAAUAUCACUCCAUUAGAAUCUUCCCGGCUACAGCAGUUCCACUGUGGAGAGCUCCAGCUCCUGACUAGGGUGAAUCCUAGGCUCCGUCUCGUCUGCCUUUCUAUUGAGGAGCCAGAGUACCCCAGCUCUCUGGGGGCCUUUGCUUCUUCCUGAACUUCAAAUGGCCUGACAGUUCUUCCUGCCUUAUUGGAACUAUUGUGGCCUGGGUCCUGGCGCUCUCUCUCUCUCUCUCUUUUUUUUUUUUCUGGUCAUGGGGCUUGAACUCAGGGCCUGGGC